AUGACUGAAAAGCUAGGCUUGGGCUUGGGUAGGCCUCUGCCACCACCGCUUCCUGAUCCCCAGGAUUAUGUUGUCGAGUUCGACGGGAUGGAUGAUCCAGCACACCCCUACAACUGGAAAUUUUCUAUGAAGCUUUUUAUCUCCAUCCUGGUCUGCAGUGGAACGUUCAUAGUGUCCUUCACCAGCGCCGUCUUCGCCCCAGGGAUCGACAGCGCCAGCAGAGAGUUCGGUGUCGGGUCUGAAGUCGGUACACUGGGAACUACCCUAUACGUGCUGGGAUUUGCUGCUGGGCCAGUGAUCUGGGCACCUGCCUCGGAGCUCCGUGGACGGAAAUGGCCACUCACGAUUGCCAUGCUCGGCGGUGGUAUCUUCACCAUCGCAUCUGCGGUCGCAAAAGACAUCCAGACGCUCAACAUAUGUCGGUUCUUCGCAGGCAUGUGUGGCUCAAGCCAACUCACCGUUGUGCCGGCGGUGCUCUCUGAUCUCUAUGAUAACACGUACCGCGGCACGGCAAUUUCGCUCUAUGCCUUGACGGUCUUUGUCGGGCCAUUUAGUGCUCCGUUCACAGGGGGCUUCAUUGCUUCAAGCUAUCUCGGCUGGCGGUGGACACUAUACAUCCCGACGUUCCUAAGUUUUACUAAUGGUAUUAUUUCUGUUCUGUUUUUGCCAGAGACAUAUGCACCGUGUCUUCUCGUCAAGAAGGCAGCCAAAAUCCGCCAUGAAACAAAAAACUGGGGAAUCCAUGCCAAACACGAACGAGUUGAAGUAGAGCCAAGGGAGCUCUUGGAGAAGUAUUUCACUCGGCCACUGAGGAUGCUGGUGACCGAACCGAUUAUUCUCCUGGUUUCAAUCUACAUGUCUUUCAUUUAUGGGAUUGUUUACGCACUUCUUGAAGCAUAUCCCUAUGUCUUCGAGUCCAUCUACGACAUGAAACCCGGGAUCAGUGGCCUUCCCUUUAUUGGUCUUAUUAUCGGCCAGGUUCUUGCAUGCGGCUUUAUACUCUCCCAGCAUGCGGCCUACACGAAGAAACUAGUAGAAAAUAAGAACGUGCCAAUCCCAGAAUGGCGUCUCCGUCCAACUAUCUUGGGAGCCCCGGUGUUUACAGUCGGCCUUUUCUGGUUCGGCUGGACUGGCUUUACUUCCGCGAUCCACUGGGCCGCACCCACGGUUGCCGGAGCCUUUAUUGGCUUUGGAGUUUUGUGUGUCUUCUUGCCAUGCUUCAACUAUCUUGUUGACUCCUAUCUACCCCUCCGCAUCAACGGUGGCAGCGAAUAUUAUACUUCGCUCAUCUGUUGCGGCUGGGUUUCCUUAUUUUCCAAACAGAUGUUCCAUAACAUGGGUGUUCAGUGGGCUUGUACUUUGCUUGGAUGCUUGGCUGCAAUAAUGAUACCAAUCCCUUUGGCUUUCAGAGUCUAUGGGCCAUGGUUGCGGGGAAAAAGCAACUCUUCGGGUAGAAUAUGA